CUAACACGUGACGACCCCGGACUACGGCGCGGGAGAGGGGGUAGGAGGGCCCUUGAAGGGUGCGCGUUCCCGUGGCGGUGCACCGGGUAGGUUUCAGUCAGAGUCACUAUGGCGGCCGGCGCUGGCAAGGUCGGAAAGUUUCCUGCCUUGUCGGGCACAGCCUGAGCGUGUCCCACCGGCCGCGAGUGGUGGAGGCUGCGGCGGACCCAGCCCGGGGCCUCCAGGCCUCUCCCCUAAUCUCCGGGCCAGCCUCCCUCCCCCACCUCCUCGUCCGCUGGGAGCUGUGGCUGCCGUCCCUGAGAUGCGACCCUCGCGGGGGCGACCCUGAAAGAAGGCGGCCGGUGUGCUGAGCAGCAGCCAGGAGCCCAGGCGUUCAGGGACCAACUUCCUGCGGGCCGAGACCCCUGAGCCUCCCCGGGGUUGUGCCUCGCUCGGUCCGCACCGGCCUGCCGAGCCAGAUCUCUGCCCUGGGCGCGGGGACGCCCGCCAGGUGCCCGGGAGUCCCGACUCGGCCGCUGCCCGCGCCUCUGUCUGUCCCCGCUCCUCGCGCCAAGGACCCCAGCUACCGCCGUCUCGGCUCGUGCCAGGGACCUCGUGCCACCUUCCGGGCGGCCUCCGCGCAGCAGGAGCGAUGCAGACUGUCCCGCUGGCGGUCUAGACCCUCCUGCCGCCCCCCUCGCCUCUGCCGUUGCACUCCCCGAGGCCCUCGAAGAGGGGCGGUGGCUGCCCAGAGGUGCUCGGCUACACCUUCCUUCGGCCCGAGGGGACCUUCCUGGCCGCACGGAACCGACCCUUCCUUCAUGCUGCAGUGCCGCAACAUUUCCGCCACCGAGGGGGAAAAGCGGCCGCGAUCCCAAACAAAACACAAGAAUUGGUGUGUGACUCAUCUGCUUGGAUACCUCCAGUCCCCAAACUGUCUUCCAGGAGUUUUCUUGGCCGAAGCUGGCCGAUGUUUGAGCCUUUUCUUCCCAGGGAAGAAGAUGGACUGAAAGCUGCCCGUUGGGGACUUUGUGCGAUCCGGGCGCUGCUGGGUUUUAAAGGAGGUGAUGGGGCUUGCGCUGGCUUGUCUUCCCACUCAAGUGAAGAGUUGUUGAUGUUCACUGGUUAUGCUUAGACAAUGCGCAGUUUGUUUUAAUUUAAAAUUUUGGGGGGGAUAGGGGGAUAGGCUUGUGAGGGGCAGUCCGGAUCCGGUGGAACUCCUCUUUGUACCUUGGUAGGAGAGACACCCCCAGUCUGUCCUCGAUGCCGUCAGCCUUGGCCAUCUUCACUUGCCGCCCGAACUCGCACCCAUUUCAGGAGCGCCAUGUCUACCUGGACGAGCCCAUUAAAAUCGGCCGCUCCGUGGCCCGCUGUCGACCAGCGCAGAAUAAUGCUACCUUUGAUUGCAAAGUGCUGUCAAGGAACCAUGCUCUCGUCUGGUUUGAUCACAAGACGGGCAAGUUUUAUCUCCAAGACACUAAAAGUAGUAACGGUACCUUUAUAAAUAGCCAGAGAUUGAGUCGAGGCUCUGAAGAAAGUCCACCAUGUGAAAUUCUUUCUGGUGACAUUAUCCAGUUUGGGGUAGAUGUAACGGAGAACACACGGAAAGGUACGGUUACCCAUGGGUGUAUUGUUUCCACAAUAAAACUUUUUCUACCAGAUGGUAUGGAAGCCCGACUCCGCUCAGAUGUCAUCCAUGCUCCAUUACCAAGUCCUGUUGACAAAGUUGCUGCUAACACUCCAAGUAUGUACUCUCAGGAACUAUUCCAGCUUUCUCAGUAUCUACAGGAGGCCUUACACCGGGAACAGAUGUUGGAACAGAAGUUAGCCACACUUCAGCGGCUACUAGCCAUCACCCAAGAGGCUUCAGAUACCAGUUGGCAGGCUUUAAUAGAUGAAGAUAGACUCUUAUCACGGUUAGAAGUUAUGGGAAACCAAUUACAGGCAUGCUCCAAAAAUCAAACAGAAGAUAGUUUACGGAAGGAACUUAUAGCAUUACAGGAGGAUAAACACAACUACGAGACGACAGCCAAAGAGUCCCUGAGGCGGGUUCUUCAGGAGAAAAUUGAAGUGGUUAGAAAACUUUCAGAAGUUGAGCGAAGUCUGAGUAAUACUGAAGAUGAAUGUACCCAUCUUAAAGAAAUGAAUGAACGGACUCAGGAAGAAUUAAGAGAAUUAGCCAAUAAAUAUAAUGGAGCAGUUAAUGAGAUUAAAGAUUUAUCUGACAAAUUAAAGGUAGCAGAGGGAAAACAAGAAGAAAUCCAACAGAAGGGACAAGCUGAGAAAAAAGAAUUACAACAUAAAAUAGAUGAAAUGGAAGAAAAAGAACAGGAGCUCCAGGCAAAAAUAGAAGCUUUGCAAGCUGAUAAUGACUUCACCAAUGAAAGGCUAACAGCUUUACAAGUACGGUUAGAACAUCUUCAGGAGAAAACUCUUAAAGAAUGCAGCAGUUUAGGGAUACAAGUUGAUGACUUCUUACCUAAAAUAAAUGGGAGCACAGAAAAAGAGCACUUGCUUUCAAAGAGUGGCGGGGACUGCACUUUUAUUCAUCAAUUCAUAGAAUGCCAGAAGAAGCUGAUCGUCGAGGGGCAUCUAACCAAAGUGGUAGAAGAAACAAAGCUUUCAAAAGGUUCGUUUUCUGUUGGUUUUCUGUGGGUUUUGACCACUCUUUUGGAUAAUGGAGCAAAUCAGGCAAGAGCAAAAGAAUCUGAUUUGUCAGAUACUCUGAGUCCAAGCAAGGAAAAAAGUAGUGACGACACUACAGACGCCCAAAUGGAUGAGCAAGACCUAAAUGAACCUCUUGCUAAAGUGUCCCUAUUAAAAGAUGACUUGCAGGGUGCACAGUCAGAAAUUGAGGCAAAACAAGAAAUUCAGCAUCUUCGCAAGGAAUUGAUUGAAGCCCAGGAACUAGCUAGAGCGAGUAAACAAAAAUGCUUUGAACUUCAAGCUCUUUUGGAAGAAGAAAGAAAAGCCUAUCGAAAUCAAGUUGAGGAAUCCAGUAAACAAAUACAAGUUCUUCAAGCCCAACUACAGAGGUUACACAUCAAUAUUGAGAAUCUCCGGGAGGAGAAGGACAGUGAAAUCACAAGCACUCGAGAUGAACUGCUUAGUGCCCGAGAUGAAAUUUUGCUCCUUCAUCAAGCAGCAGAAAAGGCUGCUUCUGAGCGGGACACUGACAUUGCCUCGUUACAAGAAGAGCUUAAGAAGGUGCGAGCUGAGCUUGAGCGGUGGCGGAAAGCAGCGUCUGAAUAUGAGAAAGAAAUCACGAGUCUGCAAAAUAGUUUUCAGCUUCGAUGUCAGCAGUGUGAGGAUCAGCAGAGAGAGGAAGCAACAAGGCUACAAAGUGAACUAGAGAAGUUGAGAAAGGAAUGGAAUGUAUUGGAAACCGAAUGCCAUUCUCUAAAAAAGGAAAAUGUUUUGUUAUCAUCAGAACUGCAGCGGCAAGAAAAAGAAUUGCACAAUUCUCAGAAGCAGAGUUUAGAGCUUACCAGUGAUCUCAGCAUCCUUCAGAUGACUAGAAAACAGCUUGAGAAUCAAGUGGGAUCCUUGAAAGAACAGCAUCUUCGGGAUUCAGCUGAUUUAAAAACUCUUCUCAGUAAGGCUGAAAACCAAGCAAAGGAUGUACAGAAAGAGUAUGAAAAGACACAGACUGUACUCUCAGAACUGAAGUUGAAGUUUGAAAUGACUGAGCAGGAAAAACAGUCAAUCACAGAUGAGCUCAAACAAUGUAAAGACAACCUGAAGCUGCUUCGAGAGAAAGGAAAUAAUCCUUCCAUAUUACAACCCGUCCCAGCCGUAUUCAUCGGCCUAUUCCUGGCUUUCCUGUUUUGGUGUUUCGGUCCAUUGUGGUAGAGAAAGAAACCCUGGCCCUGGAUGCCCAUGUUGGCUGCCCUGGUUGCGGUGACAGCCAUCGUGCUGUACGUGCCAGGUCUGGCCAGAGCUUCUCCAUGAGAGCGUUUCUUGAGUCCGUACACCGUCCUCCCUUUAGAAGCUGGCAUCACACUCAUGCUGGGGACAAACAGAACCAUUUUCUUCCUUUUUACCUCUUAAGACAGCAGAAGUGCAAGAAUACAGCUGUAGGGUCAUUGCUUUAAAUUAUAUAAAAUGUAUCUAUCUAUAAAGAGGAUAUAAAAUUGUGACUUUAUUCUACUGUAAGCAAUAAUUUGCUUGCAAUUUUUCAUGUAAUUUUUAAAUUAGUAUGUUGAGAUUCUGAAUAUUAUGGUGGCCUAAAGUAGGCUUCUUGGUACACCAAAUUAUUUAUAACAUUAAAUUUAUGGGUAUUUUACUCUGAAUUCUAAUGGCCAGAUAAUUCAUUUUUCUGAUUCGAUAACUACCCAAACCAAACAACCAAUACAUACAUGGGAAGAGAGGCCCUGUGUGCUCAGUGCCUAUCAGUUUGAAAUAUAUACACAUAUAUAUAUAUUUUUUACAUAUUUACGCCAUUUUUACUUGUUAUAAAACCACUGAGCUAUUGGGAACAAGACUUAGAGACAACUAUUUGCGUGGACUUUUCUUUCUUUCUUUCUUUCUUUCUUUCUUUCUUUCUUUCUUUCUUUCUUUCUUUCUUUUAAGGAGAAAUACACUUGGAAAAUAUUCUGUUCUAGUGAUAAUUUGGGGAAUAUGUGCACGCUUGUUCAGCCUUAAUGUGACUUGACGAUGUGGAGGACAUCAACUUUGAAAAACUUUCCAUGAGAGUGUGUAUUUUCUUGAGCAAACUGAAGUAUUUCUGGGAGCAAAAGCAGUAAUUCUACAAUUUCAGUGCAGUAAACCAAACUGUUGAGUCAAUUGGAAUGUAAUUUAUUAAACCUCAUGUAUUUAAAGAGAUAUUUUCUUUAAAAGCCAAGUUACUUUCUCAUAUACAGCAUUUUAGGAAGCAUGAUUUUUUUUUCUAUCAUCUCUUCCUCCAAGCAUGUUUAAUUGAAGAAAGAAUUAAUAUCUCUUUAGAUAAGCUUUUACUGACUUAAUUUGGUUAUGAUAUUUCAAAGCUAAUUCAUGUUCAAGGUGAGCUGUUGUUACCUACCAACAGAUUUCCUGGUUGGGUAUGCAAAUGGUUAUUUUCUUUAUACUGUUGUUAAUUGGGACUUUCUGUUUAUGAGAAGCAUUAUUCCCAAGAUUAAUAGUGUUCCAUGCACAGUGAAGCACCUAAGCACUGCUUGAUGUUAUAAAUUUAAAACACAGAAGUGAAAGUUUAGCUAUGGUUUUGUGCGGCACCACAGUUAUGUCAAUAAAAUUUAUUUAGGUCAUAGAAUAUCCUAAAGUAUCACAUAGUUAAAUUUUUCAGUCAAUGAAGACUGGGAGGGAAUGUCAGUGAAUUGGCUUGAAUGUUCUGUGGCAAUCCACAGGCCUAGCCAAAUGUUGAAAUAGAAGUUUAGGAUAUAAUUUGCCUUGUGAUGUUUGGCAGUCGUUGUUUAUACUUUAAAGGUUAUAUUUUAAGCUAUUUGGGAUUUGCUGUUGGGAGGAUCACUAGAUUCAUGGAGGAAUUAGUCACAAAUGACUUGUAGAAAAUGCUGUCAUAUAGUUCAUUUCAUCAUUUUCUGUUGCAGGAAGCCACUCCACCACAGAAUGCUAAUAUGCCAGUGGUACCCAGUACCUCUUGUAUAUAGGUUAUUGCAAAUAUUGUUCUGAAAUGCUUAACUUCAGAAUUACAUUUUUUAAAGUAAAUAAUUGUUUUAAAUCUAUUUUGUAAAGAUAUAAAGUACAAUAGAAUUUCUGGAGUACAGAUUAAACUAUUUGCACUAACACACGUGAUGUGCAUGAUUUAAUAAAAUAACUUUACUCUCCCUAUGCAUUUUUGAGUUGGGUAUCAUUGAAAUUCUUAGUGUUGACUUUACUAUUAGAUUGUUAAUAAUCUUUUCUUGAAAUGACUCCUAAUGCAACAUAAUAUAUAUUUGGUGUUCUUCAGGGUUUACUGAGCUGUUUCCUUCAAGUUUUAUUAGCCUUUUAUUUAACUUACUGCUCUAAUUUUUUUCCCCUUUUACGAUGGUUAUUGUUAAAACAUGACUCACUUGCCAGACAAGUCUCUUUAAAAGUAAAGUCUAGUAUCAAUAUUUACUUUAUUCAAAUUGAAUUAAUGGGUUUUUGUAGUUACUGCCGUUUUUCUUAAGAAUAUAAAUGAGCCUAUUCAUAAGCAAUACCUCCAGUUUCAUUCAGUUCACUUCCAGGUUAAAUAAAGAGUACGAUUAUUCACUGGUAGUGAUAGUCAUUAAGAAAUUUUAUUGUAUUUUAUUUUAGAUUAUUUAUUUAUUUGAGAGAGGCAGAAUGAGAGAGAGAGCACAAGCAGGGGGAAGGAGCAGAGGCAGAGGGAGAAGCAGACUCCCUGCUGAGCAAUGUGGGACUCAAUCCUGGGACUCCAGGAUCAUGACCUGAGCCGAAGGCAGUUGCUUAACCAACUGAGCUACCCAGGUGCCCCCAUUAAGAAAUUUUAAUCAUAGUAGUUAAGAUUGAACAACCCUAUAAUGAUACAUUUAAGAAUUACCCAGAGGUGCUACAUGGCUGGCUCAGAAAAGGAAAGGAACGUGGCAUGUGAAGCUAAACAGAUCCUUACUGGCAUCCUGGCUGUGCCUGUUAGCAGCUAAUCCCUUAUCUUCUCUCAGUCUCCAUUUCCUCGUUUAUAAAAUGGAGGGAGUAAUAUCUAUAUGUAUGAGAAUUAAAAAGGUAACAUAUGUGAAGUGUCAUUCGAGUGGUAAAUAAAUGUUUAUGAGAAUGUCACACUGGGAAAACUGCAAAUAUUUAAGUUUUAGGGGAACCAGUACAGCUGUUUAAAAUAAAUUGGUUGAGGGCGCCUGGGUGGCUCAGUCGGUUGAGCGACUGCCUUCGGCUCAGGUCAUGAUCCUGGAGUCCCGGGAUCGAGUCCCGCAUCGGGCUCCCUGCUCAGCGGGGAGUCUGCUUCUCCCUCUGACUCUCGUGCUGUCUGUCUCUCAUUCUCUCUCUCAAAUAAAUAAAUAAAAUCUUAAAAAAAUAAAUAAAUAAAAUGAAUUGGUUGACUCAACUGUUGAGACUUUCUACUUGUGUGAAUGAGAUGUAACUGCAGUAUAAUGAAUCCCGAGAAAGCAUCAUCACCUAGCUCUGUUCGUCCCCUUCAUGAUUGUGUCUUUGGAAAGUAAUAUGCUUAGUUUGAUAAUGAGCCAAGGCUUACAACAGUUUGGCAUUCUUGUUGCAACUGCCUUCAGAGUCACUCUGGGUCACGUGUGAAAACCAGUCACACUGCUGAAUAGUCAGAGGCUUGUGACUAAAAAUAGUAUUGCCUCGCUUGAUCUCCCACUUUAAUCACCAGAUCCGACCCCCAGUGAUUCUCGGCUCCUUCCAGUGAUUAUAUCUACUGUCAAAAGGAUGGAAAUCUGCUACAUACAAACUACAUACAAAUCAACUUUGAUAAAAAUGUACAGCCUUGUUUGAAAAAUUCACUUCUGGAAAUUUUGAAAACAUAAUUGUGUGCACUAAAUUUUGACUACCAGGACAUUUAAUGUAGCUUUUUUUUUUUUUUAAUAGUAAUGGGUAAAUAACCUGAAUAUCCAGCAGUGGGUCGUUGGUUAAAUAAAUUAAUAUUGCCACCCUACAGAUUACUGUGCUUGCAAAGUAUAUGGGAAGAUAUUCAUAAGGUAUAUUAAGGUAAAAAGGUUGCCGGUGUAGAAUAA